GGCUGGUGAGCGGAGCCAAUGUCUACCCUGAGGAGAUCGGGUUAUGGCCCCAGCGACGGCCCGGGCUACAACCGCUACUACGGGGCUGGGCCCGGACCCGGACCCAGCAUUGGAGACGUGCCACCGCCUGGGCCUCCCGCCUCAUCGCGGCCCGAGCCGCCUCCCCUUCCGCCUCCUGGGCCCUGGAGGAUGCGCGGAGGCGGCCCGGCGGAGGCUGUGUGGCCCGGAGAAGGCAGCGGCGCCUGCGGAGCUUGCGGAGGCGGCGGGGGCUACUACUCCGCUGGAGCCGCCUGGCCAGACCCGUGCCGGGCUGGAGGCCACCAGGAGCAGUCACCUUAUCCUAGCUAUGGAUCCAGCUACUGGAAUUCAGCUGCCCCAACCAGGGCUCCAUACCCUAGCACAUAUCCUGGAAGACAGGAUUUGCAAGGCCAGGGAAUGGAUUCAUACACAAAUGGGGCUUAUGGUCCACCAUACCCCACAGGACCUGGAGCAGCUGCAUCCUCAUAUUCUGGGACUUACUAUUCUUCUGGACAUCCUCCAACUCCUUAUCCUACAGAUGUUCCAAGCACUUACCAUUCCCCUGGCAACAGCCCAACCCCUGUUUCUCGAUGGACUUAUCCCCAGCCAGACUGUCAAACCGAAGGACCUGCUCUGAGGGGGCAUGUUCCAGGAUAUCCUAUGUCACAGAGUCCUGGAAUGGUCCACCCCCAUUACUCAUUUGGGGAUGGAAAUCCUAAUGUUCCACCACCAGCACCACCACCCCUCCGAACACAAGAGCAAGUAUGGACCUCCUCUGGGGUUUACGGAAUGACAACACGCUACUCUUGGCCUUCUUCAGCUGCACCCUCAGCACAGUCUGGGAAUUACUUUAUGUCAGGAUCUACUUCGUCAUGGUCCAGCAAUGCAUCCUCUCAGCCGCCUCCUUCACCCCCACCACCUCCACCCCCACCUCCACCUCCCACACAGGAUUCCAAGGAUCCCUCAUACCCUCAUAGCCAGCCAGAGCAAGGUGUGAACCGGAACAACUUUCCCAGCAAUGUCCAUCAGUACGAAUCCUCCUCGGAAACUAUGAACAACAGUAAUCCGGACCUUUUCAGUUCCAAAGUUCAGUAUAGUGCCCAGCCCCAGAUGUACGGCAACUCAGCCAGAAGAAUUCCCAACAGUCAAGACCUGGGAUACAAAAUCCCUGAUGAUCAUUCCUCUUCAGACGAAGGUCAACCACCAGGUAUUAAAAAAAUCACACAAGUGCUAGAGAAAGUCCAAUACCUUGAACAAGAAGUAGACAAGUUUGUAGGGAAAAAGACAGACAAGACAUACUGGCUUCUAGAAGAAAUGCUAACCAAGGAGCUAUUGGAACUGGAUUCAAUUGAAACUGGUGGCCAGGACACUAUUCGACAAGCAAGAAAAGAGGCUGUUUAUAAGAUCCAGGCCAUACUGGAAAAACUGGAAGAAGAAGCAUUAUGAGUUGGAUGUGCAACUAGUAGAAGCCUGUUACUAACUUGACCAAAGAUCUCUUGAUUUUGGUUAAUUCAUAUCCCUUUGAAACUGCUGUUGAUGAUAAGAAGCAAUAAAUGCUGACUUUUCCUUCAUUUAAAACUAUUUUUAAAAAAGUGGCAAAAGACUUGGAAGGACAUUUUGGUUCCGAAUUGUUUUCAGUUUGUUGUUUCAGACCAAUGAAUGUAAUAGGAAACUAUGGAACCAUCAGCAUUACCAAGUCAGCUACUAGUUGUGAAGGCAUCUAUGGAUGUCUACAGGCUUCUUUUCAGCAGAAGGGAAAUUCACUUUAUGUAACAGGCUUACCAGAAUCAGGUCAAAUGAGGCUGGAUAUAAUCUGAAGCAAACAGGCACUGUUUUUAAAGAGCUGGAGUACUUGUCUAAUUUUGUAUGUUGUGAAGGCUUUAUAACAUGCACUCCAUGUGUAAAUUAUAGUUUGGACUUGAGCCUCCUUGGGCCUGUCUUGUGUUGCUAUUUAUAGCUCCAUAAAUCUGGUCAUGCAGAUUGAAAUGUAUCAUUCUCUAUUUGGUGCACUCUGUAGUCAUAUGUUUAAAGUGACCAUACAAGAGACCACAUUGAUAGCCUAUCAGUGUGACAUCUCUGAAUAUUAGUGAAUAUUUUUCCAGCUCUUGGAAAUACUGCAAUGUUUAGUGAUAUUCUUGAUUGUGAAUUGUUGUUCUCCCUCUUCCCCUUAUGUGCAAAUCAUCAUUAGGUUGGAAUUUUUGCCCAUGAAAUAUGGUAGUGGAAGCAGAAUUUGGAUAUGGCAAUAUUAACUUGAGUGAAUGUGUUCACAAGUUUUUUUAUUUUUUACACAAGUUUUUUUAUUUUUUACAUCUGAAUGGAAUUUGGGUGAGGAUCCACUUUAAAAUUAUCUUUUUCAGAGUGUAAUUCUGUUUUCCACUACAUCAUAUACACUUGCUGCUUCUGUACAGAGCAUUAUGAUGACCACAGGUAAGACAUGAAACAUCACAGUGACUAGAUAUAGUGACUGCAAGAAAUAAUAAACUUGAUUAAAACAUGAUUAUUUGGUUAAUAGCACUCUCCAUCUCAAACUAUUAAUUUUGCCCUCAGUAUUCCUAUGAACAGAGUAAAAUUCUGUUCAGUUUACAGCUAUGAAAAAUGAGUGUGAAAGCCAAUUAUGAAAGUUUAGGAAGCGAAUCAGCCAUAUAGCUAGAAUGAGAAUUGAUUUUUUUUUCAUAUUCUAAAAGUGUACCUCAUUAUCCAGUCUUGCUGAAAGCAAAUUAAUUUUAUGGAUAGAAUUCCCUUUUUAAAAAAAAGUCCUUUAGCCACUGUUAGCUCAGUUAUAUCUCAGUACCAAACUUCAGCAAGGAAUAUUGAAAAAGAUAGUAUCUGUGGUGGUUUGGGUAGUCUACAGGGCUGUUUUUAAGAAAGAGACUUCUGAAAUAUACUGAAUUUAAUCAUUUUCGAGUUUCAGUGUAUUGAAAAACCUAGUUAUUUCUUAAUAGUGUAUCAAUGCAGCAAUGGCAUUUUGUAGACUAAGAGCCUCACGAGUAUUAAAAGGGAAAUUUGGUUGUCUACCUUAAUACAUGAUGAGAAGGGUAUUAGCUCAUACUAUUGCUUGUAGUUUUGAUGAGUGAUUUUACAGUUGGAUGUACUGAUAAAUUAUUUCAGGGCUAUAUGUUUAGCCCCAGUUCAAAAACCUGAACAUUAUAGAAAAGGAAAGAAUCCUGAAGCUAUGUUAAAGUUAAUUUAGAAAUCAUUUCAAGAACAUAGUGGGUUACCAGGGGCUAAAAGAUGCAUUUCUUCCUUGCUGUAGCAUGUGAUAUACUAUUUCCCCAAAGAUUGGGUUUAGUGUAAAGUGAUUAGGAUAAUUCAGGCAAACUUGCAACUUGACUAAAUUAAAAAAUGAACACCAAAUUGUGAGCAGUGAAUACCAGUGCAGAUAAAAACUUAAGGUAAAAAAAUUAAGCUAGUAGUUCCUUUAGUAGCUAAGAAGAAAUUGAAAGGUGAUAAUGGUAUCCCUGAUUUAUUAGGCUGGUUCAGCUUUUGGGAAGGCCAGUACUGACAUGUUUGUUUUAGAAAAUUAAGAGUUUCCAUGAAUGUUUGCAUUAAAACCUGAGCUUGUUUUAUACAAAUUUUUUUUUAAAAAUUAGUUUUUGAUGUCUGUGCCAUAUUCUGUUGGGUAUCACUUUCACUUGAAUCUUAAAUAAAGUUACUCAGACAUGGCUUAUUAAA